AUGAAAAGAAUCCUCAUUUGUUUGCUUUUGAUAUCUUUAAUAUCUUGUAGGGCUGUUAAUCACCUUACAGAAGAGAAAAAGCCUGUAGAUUCAUCAAAAAAAGAUGAUGGCAAGAAAGAAGAGCCAAAAAAGGAAGAAACAAAGAAAGAAGACACAAAAAAGGAUGAUGGCAAAAAAGAAGAACCAAAAAAAGAUGAAGGUAAGAAAGAGGAGCCAAAAAAGGAAGAAGCUAAAAAGGAUGAGAAAAAAGAUGAAAAGAAGGAUGAGAAAAAAGACGAAAAGAAAGACGAGAAAAAAGAUGAGAAGAAGGAUGAAAAGAAAGAUGAGAAGAAAGAUGAGAAGAAAGACGAGAAAAAAGAUGAUAAGAAAGACGAGAAAAAGGAUGAGAAGAAGGAUGAAAAGAAAGAUGAGAAAAAAGAUGAUAAGAAAGAUGAAAAGAAGGAUGAGAAGAAAGAUGAUAAAAAGAAAGAUGAGAAUGAAAAAAAGGACGAUAAGAAAGAUGAGAAAAAAGAUGAGAAGAAGGAUGAUAAAAAGAAAGAUGAAAAGAAGGACGAUAAGAAAGACGAGAAGAAAGAUGAUAAAAAGAAAGAUGAAAAAAAAGACGAGAAGAAAGAUGAGAAAAAAGACGAGAAGAAAGAUGAAAAGAAAGAUGAUAAAAAGAAAGACGAAAAGAAAAAGGAUGAACCAAAAGAGAGCCCUGAAGAAAAGAAGUUUAGAUCAUGCAUUGAAGAUAAAUGUGGAUCAUAAGCUAAAGCAUGUGACAAGGAUUGCAAUUCAAAAUUAGCAUCAUGCAAGGAUGUAGUUUAUGUUGCUGGAUACCAAGCUUAUUUGAAUUGCAUCAACGAAAGUAAGCCUGCAGUUGCCCUACUUGAGUGUGUUUAAUCUAAAUGUUUGGAAUGAAAAUAAUUUUAAAUUUAAACAAAUUCAUAUCAUAUAAUAGUGAAAAAAUGAAAA